CCGAGCCUCCUCCUUUAUCUCUCCUCCUCGCCGUCUCUCAUCGCCAACAUGGCCUCUCUUCUCGAGCGCAUGAGCCUCCCCGCCGGUUCCGGGCCCUCCGUCGGCCCCGUCCGCGCAAAGUCCAACCGUGCCGCAGCAGCCUCCGCCGCCGCGCCUUACAACCGGAAACAGCGCCCGCCCAAGGCGGACGUGAAUGACACCUGGAAGCACGACAUGUUCGGCGCCGAGCCGCGCUCCCUCGCCACACGCCUCACCACCGCGCCCGCCGGCGCGCCGAAGCUCAACCUCGGGCUCGCCGACCGCGCCCUGCGCGAAGCCACGGGCGAGAAGGGCUUCUCGAUCAAGGGAGCGAGCUCGCGGGGGAACGUGGUGCAGGUUUCUGGGCUCGCGAAGGGCACGACCGCUGCCGACGUCGAGGCGAUUUUCAAGCGUUGCGGCGCGAUCACCUCCGCAUCUCUGCACUCCGCCUCACCUGAGCCCGUCGUGCGGCUCACCUACAAGAACGAAAAGGACGCGCAGGGCGCGGUCGCCAAGUUCCACGGCCAGCCCGCAGACGGCCGCACGCUCGAAGUCAAGAUCGUCGGCGGCGUCAACGCGACGCUCUCCGGCCGGAUCGGCGCUGCGCUCGUCGAGGGCAGCGUCGACGUCCUCAUGGGCGACGACAACGCCAAUAACGGGUCCAAACUACGAUCAGACGAGCUCCUCAGCAAGGACUCCCGCGCGCACAUCCUCGUCGCGCCCCCGGGCGCCGACCCGAAGGACUACGUGCAGAAGCCCGCGCGGGGCAACGGGCGCGGACGCGGUCGCGGCCGUAGCGGUCGCGGACGGCGCGGUGGCGGAAAGAUGGACGUCGACCGGUGAACGGCUCCCGCUCCUCUCGUAUCCUUCCAGAGCCGCCUCUCUCGCGCAGGGCAUGCCCGGCUCGCAUCCCCAGCCCGCUACAGAAGACACACGCACGCACAUGCCUCCCUCCUCUCCUCUCCCUUCUCCCACUCGGACUCUCGUCGAAAUCCAAUAUAACGCCCCGCCCUCCGCCGCAUACCAUAUACUCUACCUCUAUCUACCCCGCCGCCCGCUCUACUCCUAUUCGCCCGUGCCCGCUGUAGUCCGUGUCCCCCCACUCGCCAUGUCUCC